AAAUAUCGUAUUAUCAUUGAUCAAUUGAAUUUUAGAUCGAAUUCAUAUUACCUAAUUGGAUUAGAUUGAAUGGAAGUCGUUGGCACGUCAGAUUGAAGUGGACUUACAAUCCAAAAACGAAUAUAAAUUGGACUCGAUCAACCAAAUCCAAACCGAAAAUCGAACUUCCAAUCUCUUACCCUUACCUUGUCAUAUUCAAAGUCUCAAACCUUAGUGUGAAGAGUAAAAAAACAAAAUAAAAAAAAAAUUAUCAAUUGCAAUUUCUUUGAACUAAAAAACUCACCCCCUUCCAAUUUAUGCAGUAAAAUUGAGGGCAACACAAUCUAGCCAUUGGAAAAGAGUUUCAUGUUAACAAUACAAAUCAUAAUUUCUACUGCACACCAUUCAUCUUUUUAGGGAUUUUUCCGACCCUCAAAAACCCUAAUCCUUUCCUUCCAAUUUCAAACUUUAGGGUUUUCUCCCAAUUACUCGAAUUAUCAGCUGCUCGUUGCUAUGCGGGACUUGUAAUUUGGCACAAUUCAAAGAUUGUGGGGGAUUUAUUUAUAAUUGCAAUUUUCUGAGUAAUAGUAGUAAUAGGCUAUGUAUGGUCGAGGAAAUUAUGCUCCCCGGUUUGGGCAAGGUCUUCAAAGACCAAUGGCACCUUAUCAGCAACAACUUGCUGGUCAUCCUUCAGCUUCACUUUUCCAGCCAGGGAAUGCCGCUCCCUUGCAACCUGUAAUUCAACAAGGUGGACCUCCUCAUGGAGUUCCACCUCGUGGGCCUGCCUAUUUAAAUGCUCCUUCUGCUCCACCAAGCAUGCCACAUCAAGGUCCUCCAGUUUCUACUUCGAACACUGGUCAGCCUUACAUGCAUCGACCUCUAACAGGACAUAGUGGAGCCCCUGCUCAACUUCCUUAUCUAGCUACUCAACAAAAUUUUGUUUCUGGAAGUCCCAAUCCCAAUCCUCCCCCUCCUCCACCCCCUUCUAUGGGUCAUCCUAGAGCUCCACCACCACCUCCUUUUAUGCAACUUCCACCACCGCCCCCACAGGCCCCACCACCCCCAACAGCUGCUGGUCAUUUCUCCCCUGCUAAUUUUGACUCUGCUAAUCAACAAAGCUCAGAGUCUCAUAUGUCUUCCUUAGGCCCCCCACCACCGCCUCUUCCACCCUCUCCCCCACCAAGGGCUCCACCUCCUCCAUCAGCCUGCUCCUCAUCUUCUCCUGGAAAGUUUUCUACACCCACAAAUACAGCUUCUGUGUCACCAACGCAAUCAGGUCAUGAUUCCAUUUCUGAACAAGUUCUUGUGUCUGAAUCUAGUGGUAAUGUCACCACUCAUAGUCACAAAAGUGGUGCCACUCCAAUUUCUGAUGAGGAUGAAUCAUUAAAACAAAGUGUUUUGCUGGAUCUUCCUCCCCCACCACCUAAGCCAGCGGAUGAGAAUGUUGUUCGUAAUAUUGAAGUCCUGUGCCAGUUUAUUGCUAAGAAUGGGCCGGAAUUUGAAGAAAUGGCUUGUAAAAAAGAAUAUGGAAAUCCAGAGUUCAACUUUUUAGUUGGAGGCGAUCCGGGAAGUGAAGCUUCAUGUGCACAUGAAUAUUUCUUGUGGAUGAAAAAGAAAUGUGGUCUUGUAAAUGAUUUGCACAAAGUUCAAGGCCGGAGAGAUUUGUCUCAUAUGUAUGGUGAUUGUGAGCCCUCUGCAGGACCUAAUUCUGUACCCAAUGUGAGAACAUCUCAAUCACCUGCAGAUUCUGAUGUGGACAUGGAAGAUGAUAUCACACAAUCUGAUAAAGAGCAUGGAGUUAAUCAUUCAGUUGAAGAUGUUGAGCCAGAGCCUGUUUUAGCUGGAAAUGUGUAUGAACCACAAAUGCAAGAGAAUGAAAAUGAUUUGCAGUGUUCGAGAGGUAACAGUCUUUCCCUAAAAUCAAGCCCAUCUGUCAAAAUUAAAACUAGUGCUGAGAUAAAGCCUGAAAAGCUGGGUGGUCAACCCGCUGAUAUCCAUAGCCCAUUCAGACUUAUACAAAACUAUGCAUCUGAUGAUUCUUCUGAUGAUGAUGGUAAGCUGUCUCGUGAAAAUGUGAAGAUCAUGGCAGAUUCACCGCAUAGUAAAUCUGGGGAUUUAAGCUCACAUUACGACUUGGAACAUGGCAACAUGAACUCAAAGAGCAGUAAGACACCUGAAACAGGACUGGAUCAGUCUGUCACAACUUGUAUUGAGAGUGCUCUGAAUAAGGACCGAGAUGAUUUGCAAUCAAUUCAAGACGGUCUGCAGGAAAAACCAACUGCAGUUCUGUCCAGAAAAUAUGCAAGUGAUAGCGUAGAUGAUAGGGUUGAAGGAUCCAAUCCGAACACUGCAUUUCAUGGAAAAUAUGUUUCUUCACUUAAAAAUGCUGAAAAAGAAGAUAAAAAGAGUACCCCUACAGCUGUAAAAGUUGAUGAAUUUGGCAGACUGGUUAAGGAAGGUGGUAGUGAAAGUGAGUCUGAAGAUGCUCACCAUAUUCGAAGGCGUGGUAGAAGAGAUAGGAGUCGUAGCCAUAGUCGUAGCCGAUCACCAUCUGAUAGGAGGAGGAAAAGAAGUCCUCGAAGAAGUCCUCGCAGGAGGAAGGAGAGAAGAGGCCGAUCUAGAAGCCGAUCUCCAAAGAGACGAAGAAGUAGAAGCAGAUCUCCUUACAGACCCGGAGGUGAUUUUCGUGGUGAGAAAUUGAGACGAGGAAAUGUUCAAACACAGGAAUGUUUUGAUUUCCUUAAAGGACGGUGUUAUCGUGGAGCUUCUUGUCGUUAUUUGCAUGUUGAGGUAGAUAAGAGUGAAUACUCCAGACGUUAUAACAAUAAACAACAGACAGAAAAUGUGGGGAGUGUAGAUAAUCCUGGUAAACAUGGUGGAAGUGCCAGCGUGAAAUCACCUCAUGGACAUAAUGAUACAAAGGGUGAGAGAAUGCAGUUGGAUUUUGAUAAGCAUGAAAGUCGUGAUUUGGCUUCACAAACAUGUGAUGAUGAGAGAAAUAAAGCAGAAUUUGUAGAUGAUGCUGUGCGUCCCAGUGCUUCAGAUGCCGAAAAAUUCAAUACAGAUGUUAAUCAAUGUGCUGUUUCUAUGAAGGAAGAUCAGGUUUUGGGCUCAUCAGGUGAACUCAUUCCUCAGCUUCCUAUAUAUGAGAAACAUCCAUUAUCUAGCAUGCCUUCAGCUACCGAGCAAGUGAUCCAUCUUUCUCAAGCUGCUGGAGCAAAUGACAGACUUGAGGAAGAAUCCCAAAAGACGGGCAGUUCUCCAUUAGGGCUUUCUCUGAAUGAGCCUAAUCCGGUCAAAAUGCCUAAUGAAUCUACAGUAAAUGCUUCUGCGCCAGAUUUCACUCAUCAGGUUUCCCCCUUACCACCACCUCCCGUGCCUCAACAACCAACAAAUACACCUCAAGUACCAAAUCUGUUGGCUCCCUCAGUUAGUUUUCCUCCUCAAUCUGUUAAUAUUGAAAGUGGUCCCUUAUAUCAAACUCCAUUACCUCAGUCUCAUUAUCCUGUUCCUCUGAAUCCUACAUGGAAUACCCUGCCGCAACCACGUCCAUCACAUAUGGGUGGUGCAUCUAUGCCUGGUACUCACUUGCAAUUUCAGCAUGGUAAUUUUCCUUUGAGAAAUGACUUUCCAGGUCCGAUGUCUUUGAGAGGCCACCCAGGUGAACUACCUGGUUUUUCUCAGGCUGGUGGAUUUCCACAUCAUACAUAUCAUUUACCUUCAAACAGCUUUCCAGCUCAGCCAUUUUCUGGUCCCAAUCUAGCUAGGGAUGAUAUAUAUUCUCAGUUUCCUACGCAGAGCCUUGUACCUUCCAGCUCUUUUGUUUCUGGGGUGACCCCUCAACCUGGGUCAUUCCAAGGAGAUUUAUCUGUAAAGAACGCUCAGUCAUUUCCUGUGGAAAAUCUUGCGAGUGAAUCUUCAAAACAAUCUUUCCAGAAUCAUCUGUUAGCACAGAAACGACCGCCAUAUGGUCCACAUCUUACUGCUGUUGAGAGUAGUGUGUCUUCUCAUCUUGGAGGGUCUAAGUCCAUGCCUGGAUACUCUUCAAGUACACUUGACAAAGAUAAUCCAUCUAGUUUCUUUGAUGUAGGAGGAUCGAGAAUUUCCACCCAUUAUAAUCCAUAUGCUUCAACUUUUGAUCAGCCGUUAAGCACCAGAUUCAGUUCUAUUGCCUUUACGCAAGAAAGAGGGGAUGUUGGUGGUAUUAAGUAUGAUGGACAAUCAGCUGGUGAUCAUGGAUCAAGGCAGAUUAUUUCCUCAUCAAAUUCUUCUAAGGUCGGGGGACAAACUCUGCCAACUUCAGGUGGAGACCAAUAUGAUCCUUUGUUUGACAGCAUAAAUCCAUUUUCAGAAUCAAUUAAGAAUGCUCAAAAGCAGGACCAUGCAGCUGAUAACUCUUAUAUCAUGUUAAAGUUUAGCAGUCGUCACAAUGUGUUAGAUGUGGAAGAGAACAACAAGCAGAAAGUGGUUGGAGCUGUUCCUGCAACUGUGUCUCUGGAGAACGAUGAAUUUGGGGAGACAGCUGAUGCUGAAGUUGGUGCUGUUGAGAAUGGAAGCCCUAGCAGUCCCAAUGAAGAUGCGGAUGUUGCUGAAGGUGGCAUUGAGAUUGAUCAAGUAAAGUCAGAAGGGAGAAGUAAGAAAAAUAAGGACUCUAGGUCAAUGAAACUGUUCAAAGUUGCAGUUGCAAAUUUUGUAAAGGAGGUUCUUAAGCCACAAUGGCGGCAGGGUAAUAUGAGCAAGGAAGUUUUUAAGACAAUUGUUAAGAAAACUGUUGAUAAAGUAUCUGGGUCUAUGAAAAACCACCGUUUACCCAAAUCACAGGCAAAGAUAGAUCAUUAUAUUGACUCAUCACGGAGGAAACUUACGCAACUAGUGGAGGGUUAUGUCGGUAAAUACAAGAGUUGAUGUCGGCUCCCAAUUCCCAGCCAUAUUUCCAGGCACUGAAGUAUAAGCACCCAGAUCAAUUUAAGUUAACGUCUGGUUUCCCAUCAGCUGGAUGAUUUUAUCUGAAAUCUCAGAAUUUUAAGUUACAUAUUGGCAAGUACACUUAGUGUGGAGGACAUUAUUUUGCCAGCCUUGGGCUUACAAAUUUUUUCUUAGGGAGCAUGAAACCGAGUUCUCGAUAUUAGGUAUAUUAAGAUCUUUGACAAGGGUUCUUGUCAGAAGAUUGUUUAGCUUGUUGAUCAUGUAUAUUGUCUAGAUUUUCAUAAAAUUUGGUUAGUGCAUUUCUUCUUUCCUGUAAGAUGAAGAUGUGACCAAUCUCUUAGAUUUCUGUAAUAUUAGUGUAUUAUUGCCCUGAUCAUCAAUCAUAUAUUUGUUUCAUGCUUCCA